AUUCUCUCCCAGGAUGAGUAUGUGUAACCUGACAGAGGAAAGCUGUACAGCUCUGUCCUCAGUUCUCAGCUCAAAGUACACCAGUCUGAGAGAACUGGACCUGAGUAUGAAUAACCUGCAGGAUUCAGGAGUGAAGCUGCUCUCUGAUGGACUGAAGAAUCCACACUGUAAACUGGAACUACUGUGGUUGUGUAAAUGCAAUCUCACAGAGGAAAUCUGUGCAGUGCUGUCCUCAGUUCUCAGUUCUAACUCCUCCAGUCUAAAAGAAUUGAACUUAAUUGGGAAUAAACUGUAUGAUUCAGGAGUAAAGAAGCUCUCUAAGGGACUGAAGGUGAGACUCUGGCUGUGUGCAUGUGAACUUCAAGAGGAAAGCUGUGCAGCUCUUUCCACAGUUCUCAGUUUGAACUCCUCCAGUCUGAGAGAACUAUAUCUGAGGAGCAAUAAACUGGAAGAUUCAGGAGUGAAGCUGCUCUCUGUGGGACUGCAGAAUCCACACUGUACUCUGGAGAAAAUAGGGUUGGUAGGGUGCAGUAUCACAGAUGAAGGAAUUGUAGGUCUGGUUUCAGCUCUGAGAUCAAAUGCCUCAUCACAGCUGAAAGAGCUGGAUCUGUAUGGAAAUAAAACUGGAAACCCUGGAGUGACCAAGCUGAAAGAUCUACUGCAGGACCGAGACUCAAAACUGGAGACUUUAGAGCAGUCACUGAGAAACAACAUGCUGCUAGAUGAGCAAAGCUGUCAUUUGUCCUCAUCCUCCUUGACCUUUCAGCAGCACUUGUCAAAGUAAAGCACAAGACUCUCUUGUCCACCCUCAGGAGUCUUGGAAUUCAUGGAACAGCAUGGGAAUGGUUUUCUUCCUACCUGGAUGGUUGCUCAUAUAAGGUAACAUGGAGGGGGUUGACAUCUGCUCCAGACUCUCCACUGGUGUCCCACAAGGCUCAGUACUUGGUCUUCUCUU